UUUGUAUUGCAGGUAAGAAGCCUGGCAAGAGGAAGUCAGCUGAAAAAUAGGCAAGAGAACCUGAACAUAACUACAUCAACCAUUUUAGAGAGAGAAAGAGGAGAGAGAGUUGAUCCUUCUAAACCACACUCCAUCACCAUUUUAGAGAGAGAAAGAGGAGAGAGAGAGUUGAUCCCUUCUAAAUCACAGUCCAUCACCUGAAGAAUUAUCAGAGAAGCUACCCUCCUAGAGAGAGAGGCAAUAUAGACAUCACAUAGAGAGAGAGAGCCAUAGAGAGAGACCAUGGCAAAGCUGAGUGAAACCUACGCCUGCGUGCCCUCGACUGAGCGUGGUCGAGGAAUCCUGAUUGCAGGGGAUACAAAGACAAACUCCAUUGCUUACUGUAAUGGCCGAUCAGUGAUAAUUCGGAGCCUUGACAACCCUCUUCAAGCCCUAGUUUAUGGCGAACAUGCAUACCAGGCAACAGUUGCGCGAUUCUCACCCAAUGGUGAAUGGGUAGCCUCUGCUGAUGUUUCAGGAACUGUGAGAAUUUGGGGUCGCCACCCCCCUGAUCAUGUGUUGAAGAAUGAGUUCAGGGUCUUAUCGGGGAGGAUUGAUGACCUGGAGUGGUCGCCUGAUGGCCAGCGGAUUGUUGUUUGUGGAGAUGGGAAGGGGAAGUCCUUUGUUCGCGCCUUCAUGUGGGAUUCGGGCUCUAAUGUUGGUGAGUUUGAUGGCCAUUCGAGAAGAGUCUUAAGUUGCUCAUUUAAACCAACACGGCCAUUUCGUAUUGUAACAUGUGGGGAAGAUUUCUUGGUGAACUUUUAUGAAGGGCCCCCUUUUAGAUUCAAGCUUUCCCAAAGGGAGCACUCGAACUUUGUGAACUGUAUAAGGUUUUCCCCAGAUGGAACCAAGUUCAUUAGUGUAAGUUCAGAUAAGAAGGGAGUAAUUUAUGAUGGAAAGACAGGUGAAAAGAUGGAUGAAUUUUCUUCUGCUGGUGGUCACACCGGCAGCAUUUAUGCUGUUAGUUGGAGCCCUGAUGGUAAACAGGUAUUGACAGUCUCUGCUGACAAGUCUGCAAAAGUCUGGGAGAUAGCAGAGAAUGGAAGUGGCAAGUUGAAAAAAACACUGCCAUCGACUGGUUCUGGAGGGGUAGAUAAUAUGCUAGUUGGUUGCCUUUGGCAGAAUAAUCUUCUUGUGACUGUGUCUCUGGGUGGCACAAUCAAUUUAUUUUCAGCAAGUGACGUAGAUCAAGCUCCAAAGUCAUUUUCUGGGCACAUGAAGAGCGUUACUUCACUUGUAUUUUUCCCCCAAGACAACCAGAAAAUCAUUUUAUCUAGCAGUUAUGAUGGAAUUAUAGUGAGAUGGAUACAGGGUGUUGGAUUUGCUGGACGAUUGGAGAGGAAGGAGAAUGUUCAAAUCAAAUGCUUUGCAGCAGUUGAAGGAGAGCUUCUGAUAUCUGGAUAUGACAACAAGGUUAGAAGAAUUUCCCUUAAUGGUGAUCAGUGUGGGGAUGCUGAACCACUAGAAGUUGGUGCACAGCCUAAGGAUCUGAAUAUUGCAGUUCAAUCUCCUGAGCUUGCUCUGGUUUCAACUGAUUCUGGGGUUGUUUUGCUUCGGGGCCCCAAAGUGGUGUCAACCAUCAAUUUUGGCUAUUUUGUGACGGCAUCUGCCAUAGCUCCUGAUGGUACUGAGGCUGUGGUGGGUGGGCAAGAUGGGAAAUUGCAUUUUUACUCAGUUCAUGGUGAUACUCUUACUGAGGAGUCAGUCAUUGAAAGGCACCGCGGUCCUAUCAGCGUCAUACGGUUUUCCCCUGAUGGAUCGAUGUUUGCUUCAGGGGACCUCAACCGUGAAGCUUUCGUUUGGGAUUGUGUCUCUCGAGAGGUGAAACUGAAGAACAUGUUGUACCACACUGCACGCAUAAAUUGCAUAGCAUGGUCUCUUGACAACCGCAUGGUGGCGACCGGCUCCCUCGAUACAUGCGUUAUCAUCUAUGAAGUGGACAAGCCUCCUUCAAAUCGAAUAACGAUCAAGGGGGCCCACUUGGGUGGUGUCUAUGGGUUGUCUUUUAGUGAUGAGACAAGCUUGGUGAGCUCAGGUGAAGAUGCAUGCAUCCGUGUCUGGACACUGACGCAGCAGUAGUGGCAUGUGUCUCAAUACUGUUCUGGCAUACACAGAUUGUUAUGUGCCACGUCAGCAAGAUGGGGCCUUUGUUCAUUGUGUGGCUCCUGGGCUUUGGUUGGUUGCUUAUUGUUGUACAAUUACAUCUUCUUUUUUUUGGGUAAAUAUGUUGUACAAUUACUUGUGUGAUGAGCGUGUUCCUUUUGGAGGUUUUGUGCUGUAUUUCCCAAGGAAUGUUUUUGUAUUUAUAUUCUGAUAUUGCAAUUGGUCAUGUGUUGUGCUUGAGAGUUUGAUGGAAUUGACAUGUUCUUGACAAUUUUAUGAAAUUUGUAGAUGGUGAGUUGAAACUGUGA